AAUAGAGAGUUAUUGCGUGCAAAAUUGCCAGGAAUACUUAUGGAAACUGCUCCUUGAAUGGGACACGUCAGGACAAUCUCCGGGGUUUUCGCUGCUUGAUCGGUAAACAUUGGGAGUAAUAGAUCAUCAACAGAGCGCUGUUUUCGUCCGACUGGAUUUGAACUUGCCACGGUUAAAUUAGCCUAAAAUGGCGUCUGCUGGAGAUGAUAAUGAAAUAUGCGAGGAAGACGAAGACACAGCUAAUAAUGCCGCCAAAGUAUCAUCUAACAACGAAGGUUCGUGUUUAUAACGCAAUCGAUCUUCGACAGGUUUUGUUUAUAUUUUAUAAUUUUGCCUUCUUUACCACCUUCAAUUUUGAUUUUUAAUCUUCUCAAUGCAGAUUUUAACAUGCAAUUGCUUGCUUUAACUAGGAAUGAGGAGGUCUUCUUCAGAUUCGAAAAUCAAGAAAUUACGGAGAAAAAUAUCACAGGGACUUAGGUUAUGUGAGUAAUAUUGAGCUGCAAUAGCAGUGUCGUGUUCAUUAUGGUUAAUAAAUAUUCGUAUUUCAGCUUCGCGCUUCGAGUCCACAGAAGUCCUUGAAGAAUUAAUUGUUAAUUGCCUUUAAUAAUCCUCUCUUUAGAAUUGUGACAAUUAAUGCUUGGCUCGAAAUAGUAGUGCCAUUAUUAAACAAGUUCUAAAGCUUUUUUUUUAAGGUUAUAUUAUAUAUGAUGCUUAGAUUAAACUUGCGAUAUCAGCUGUGGUGAUCGGUGAUAUUAUCGAUGUAUUGAAGAAAGAUCUGCUUUGUCCCCAGUCCUCUAUUGCAUGUUUCAGAACAUGGUUAAAGUUGGGGGGGGGGGGAGGAGGGAAGGGGCAUAGGAAAGAUCCUGAUUUUGACAUCUGUUCUGAUAUUUUCAAAUGAAUUCUUAUGACACUCAUACAAGAAAACCUAACAAAGUACAUUUAACUGAAAUUGAUUUCCAGAAAGCUUUAAAAAAACUGCACAAAAUAUAAAAUAAAAUCAAGUGCUCAUAAUCAAAGCCACACAAAUAAGAAAAUACAAUGUAAGCUAAAAAAUGACAAUCGAUAGAGAACAAUUUUUAAACAGAAAUUGUCAUCUCAGAACACUAGACAUGACCUCUUAGAGCAUCAUGAUUUCAUGACGUUUAGAAGACAAGGAUGACCAGGCCCCGGUUGUUCAAACGUUGGAUAGCGCUAUCCACCAGGCCCCGGUUGCUCAAAAGUUGGAUAGCGCUAUCCACCGGGGAAAUCACUAUCCAGCGAAUAACGCAAUCGGUUCCCGUAAUACUUAUCCGCUGGAUAGUGAAUUUAUCCGGUGGAUAGCGCUAUCCAGCUUUUGAACAACUGAGGCCAGAUAAAUCACUAUCCAGCAGAUAAGUAUUACAGAAAUCAAUUACGCUAUCUGCUGGAUAGAGCUUUAUCUGGUGGAUAGCUCUAUCCAACGUUUGGACAACCGGGACCAGGAGGACAAGAUUUUCUCAAUACUAAGUAAGGCAUGUGCAUGAUUCACCAGCAUCAUUACUGGAAUUUUAUUUGGUUAAAAUUAACAAAACCAAGCACAGAAUCAUUUUCUUGUGUGUAAUGGACCUUGGACAAAUUGAUUUGACCUUUUGCUUGGAAGAAACAAUUCUGCUUGCAAACCACAUUUUCUUCCUUCACAACGUUGAAAUUUGAUCUACUUUAAAAAUGGUAAGCCAUUUUUAUGUUAAAAGAAGCUUGUCACUCUCCUGACACAUUGCACUACAACUGGAAUUCCAAAACAACUUUCCUUUUUAAUGAAAUUAACAGUUAACCUAAGAAAAACUGGAUAAAAUAGUUACCUUUGACCUUCCUAAAAAUACUGGAAUUUGGGUGAAGCCCCUUAACUUCACCCCUCUGCAGUCCCGCCCCCCUCCUGGGAUAUUAAUGGAGUCAUCCCGCCCCUCUCCUUGGGCUUGGGAAGGACUCUUAUGGUCUGUACUUAUUCUUGUAGCUUUUAUUAAAGACGAAAAUGAUGUAUCCAAUAUCUCUGAGGAAAGUCAAAUCGAGGUUAGUACCAGGUUCUUUAUAUGUUAUUAAAAUAAGUUUAUUGUUAUUUAACACAAGACUCAUGUGCUUUAAGAAGAAUUUAUUUUGCUUAAAUGGAUACCCUGCAGGGUUCUCAAUAGAAGGCGGCACCCGGCGAUUGAUCGCCGCUUACUUUGGGAUUUAUAGCCGCUUACUUUGUGUUUAAGUCGCUUUUCUUUGCUUUGUUUUGACACCUCUGGCUUUGCUGAAGAGCCUCCUACUUUAUCAGUGAUCACCUCGUACUUAAAAAUCUAUUGAGAACUCUGACCCUGUGAACAGUGCCUAGAUUAUACUUUUACUGUACUUCUACUUAAUUAUACUGGCAUGAAAAAAGUAUCCUCUUCCGACAAUCUUUCCAUUUUCAACUGAGCAUGUGCAAGUUUCCUCACAUGAUUCCCAAGUAAAAUUACACUUGUUAUGGUGUAUUUUCAUGAAGCACCCACUCUGGAACUGGAACUUUUGGCAUACAUAGCUGGACAGUAUGAUAAAUCACUCAUACAAGAAAACUCAUAAGAAGCGCAUGUACGUAACAAAGGUAUUUAUCAUUACUGUUGUUUGUUUUCAUGCAUACAGAAUGAUGUUUUUGAUAGCAACUCCAACCCAUCUCUGACAUCAAGCAAGCUGGCAGCCAGACCGGCUGUCAGGCGCUCUGCAUCUGAUUCAAUAGGAGCGCGGCUUAGAAAGAUCAGCUUUGAGAUUGGCAAUGGAAGGAGACAUUCAGAUGAUCUGUCACCCGAUGAACUGAAAAGUAUUCCUCAGGUUUGUUUUAAGAUUUAUUAGUCAUUUGACUUCCCAGGGUUCUCUCAAAAAACUGUCAGAGUACUCUGAUUCAGCAACAGAAUGGGAAAGUCAGUUGACAAUGGAAAUAAAAGCACAUGGAUGGAAGUGUAAACGCAACUUCUGGCACCUAAUUAAUCACUCUGCCAUUGACUGCCCACAACAUAAACAGCUUUGGGUGAUUACCAUUAAAAUCCUUGUUCUAAAACAGCUCCAAAAUCCUUGUUCUGCUUUCCUGUGAACCGGGAUUUGAGUUAACAUGCCAUGUUUGGCCUGUUUAAAAAGCUUAUUGUCAGUGCGCCAAUCAGGUUGAAAGGAAAUUCGAAACACACAUCUGGUAAUUUCGUUGGGUCUGUUAGGUACCCAUAACAAAAAAAGGUAUUGACGCUGCUUUAUACUGCUGCUAUAACUCAGUGGUUAGAAUACAUCUGUGACGCAGGCUAUGGAUCAUCGGACCUUGAUCUUUGGCCAUGCAUUCCAUAAAAAUUUAGUUAAAACUUUGCUGUGAAAGCCAGCUUGGAUUUUUUCUCAGUAGAUCAAAAGUGCAGUUUUACUGACAAAGUUUUGAAUAGUUUGAGGUCGUUUCUAUGAUCAAUGUAGCUAGCUAGACAAUAUUAAACUGUGUUUUCUAAACACUAAAUCAACCCUCCAAGUUGCGAGCAUUGUAGUCGCCACGGCGCCUAAAAUUUUGAAGCUGGUGACUUGAUUUGUAAAAAAGUCUCCCUAAACCAAAAGAAUAUGUCGCCAAAUGGCGAUCAAGCAAAAACUUUAACUUGGAGGGUUGGAAAUAGAGACUGAAUGGUCGUAAAAGUUUUGUGGAAACUCUUGUGCGUGAGAGAGAGAGAGGUAGAAAAAAUGUUUUAUCUUGUUUUGCUUCAUUUUCAUUGUCUAUAUACUUUUAUAGGCAUUAGUUCUUUUGAAAGCCAAGGAGCCAAGCCAUGCAAUACAACAGUAUGCAUGCUGCACUGUCUUUAGUGCCUUUUGCAAUAUUUUGGGAAGAAUUUGCAUUAAAAACCAGUGUUAUCACAUUUUAUGGCAUCAGAUAUUUUUGUGGUCAACAUUUUCAAGUACCUGGAUGGUUAUCAGUUAAAGAUAUAAAGUUGUUGUUGAAAGGAAAAGAAUUUCCAAGUUAUUUUCCUAAAUGGGCUAUGUGGGUUAUAUGAAAAUAUAUGAUGUGUGAAUGCUAUUUUUAACUUUAAUACUGGUACAAUAAUUAAUAAUAAACAUAUUGGUCAUUAAUAUUCUCAGUGAAAUAAAUUGUUACAACUGUUAAUUAUGUAAUGUAUGAUAUUCUAGAAUGUUAUUUAAUAUUCGUUAUGUCAGUGUGGGAUUUCUUCUUGUUAAAUAUUUAUUUAUGUUUGAACUGAUAAGUGUAAAAAACAAGGCUAGUUUGAUCUCAGUAGUGCUCUGUUUGAAACAUUAGUCUUGGGGCCAUGUGCAUGUUGAAUUUUUCUUUUUCUUGUGUACAGAAUAAUUCUUUUUUAUAUGGACAUGUGGUUAAAUCUGUUUUUAGCGUCUUUUCUGAGGGACGACAGUACUAAAAAACUCUUGUGAUAAAUUUAAAUUUAUGAGUAAAUAACAAAUUAAAUCAAAUGAAAAAAAAGUUGAAGGAGUGAUGAAACCAUCACAUUGCAGGAACUCCACAAAAUCAUCAAUACUGUAAGAAAAGUUAACACUUAUUUAUAAUGGAUUUAUUGUACUCUUAGGUGUGUAUAACAGUAAUACAAGAUCUGUAGCCAUUUCUAAAGACAGUCACUUUGCUUUGAUGCUAUUGAUUUCGAGAUAUCUGCAUUUAUAUAACUUAUUUCUCACUAAAAGAUUGUGGUAUUCUUAUCACAAUAUUCCAUGCAAAAAAAAAAAAAUUUACCCUCUUCACAAUCAGUUUCAUUGACCAAGAUGUCAAUUCUAGAGAAUUAUAUUGUCAAUAUUAUGUAGCUUUGGUGUUUCAUCUUACUUAGUUCUUGUGCAUGAUUUAUACCUAUGUUUCUGAUGCGUCAAAGAAAUGUAACUAAGAUGGUAAGUUCCAGAUUAUUUCCAGAUGUUAUCCUUGAAUCUUUUCCUUUAUCUUAAGUUCAACGCCAGGCCAGACAGCUGCAAGACUAUAUGCUUCAGUUUAGCACUUUGUAUGCAUAUGUGAAGAAUGCUUUACUAAUAAGGCACUAAACCAGUCUUUCUUUUCUUUCUUUAAUUCAGUGGAUCGGAAUCACAAAAGAAAGAACUAGACAUAGUACUUAUUUAUAAAACAACUAUAACAUAUAUAUCUAGGAAGCAAUGUUACAACAUGCAUGUACUAUUUAAGUGAUUAUAUAAUCGCUUCAGUCAGGUUGAAAGCUUUUACUAGUUUUCAAUUUUUUAUUUAGAUUUUGAGUUUAAAAUUUUGCUUGUAGGUGAAAUUUACUGGAAAGAUAAAUCUAUACGUUUAUGUAAAUUCCUUGUUGACAUGCAAAACUAUGGUGGGAACUCCAUGUAACAACUUUUAUAUAGACAGUAUAUUUAUUGAAAUGUGUAAUAAGCAAAGAGUCGGAAAUGAAGUAUGAAAUUAGGAGGGUUUUCUCACAGGUAGUUUUAUUUUUUGAAACACUGGAGCCAGAUUAAAAAAACUCUGAUAACUAUAUAAUUUAAUUUCUGAAUGCUGGCUCUUGGUAGUAGAUCGAGUGUUUAUAUCAUUCAGUAGCUAGUUUAGGCAGGCCGCUCUUUUAUUAAGAAUAACAGAGUGGUGGAGGGUACUAAAAUCUGGGGUAUUAGAAAUCUAGGAGGCGUGUGUGGCCGAGCCCCCGGUGUUGGUCGUGUGCACCUUUAGCUAACUUUUUAGAAAAAAAACUUUUUUCAAAUUUUUUUAGGAAUCUUAGGCAUGAAAGUAUAGAAAAGUUUAGGAAUCUUUGAUAUCCAAUCCCAAAAUGUGGCAAACCUCAUGAUCAGUAAUAAUUGUAAACACUUUUAGAAAACACAAGAAUAAGACACAUUCUGUCUUGCACAAACACAUCAUGUAUUGCAUCCCUCUCCUACCACCCCAGGUAUGAAAAGCACCCCUUUUCUCUGGAAGAGGGGUAUAUUUACUUCACUUUGAUUUUAUCCCCAUGGAUGCCUGAUUUUUCUGGAUCAAAUUUAGGUGCGAAACUUCACUCCCUCUUUAAUCUAUGCCUGAGCCCUCCACAGCUGCAACAGGAUUCCUAUUUUUUAAAUCACUGUCCAGAACAGUUGCAGAAACUCAAAAUCACACCCCCAGAGUAAAUUAAAGGGAGUAGUACAUGUACCCCCUUGUGUCUACUGUGCUUCCAAAGGAAAAGCUAAUCCACCAAUCUCCUCCUAGUUGUAAAGCCCUGUGCAAACAAAGGCAACAUUGUUGGCCAACAUUUACCAACAUUGUUAAAUGUCACAUUUUGCGUCUGUUUGCACAUCCUGUUGGAUGUUGUUGUAUGUCGUUGGGAGUUGUUAUGCAAAGUUUGAAACUGGUCAAACGUUUGAGCCAACAACUUCCAGCAUUUCUUUUGUUCCGUGAUCACCAAAGCAUAGCACUACAAUCUUGUAUCCAUUUGUACAGCUUUCGCAGCAUUGUGUCUGCCACACAUGCGCAUUACAAAUGGUUUUCAAAGUCUUAUGGGUUGUGUCUUUCCCAUGAUGCACUGCAGCUCUUAACAUUGUUACUCAGGACUACCAGCAUGGACAGAUCAGUGUUGGAAGUUGUUGCGUCCGCUUGCACAUAGCUUAACAAAUGUAAAUGUAAUUGUUUCUAUAAUGACCAAGUGACAUUGAUCGUUUGCAGCCCCUGUCCCCUCCAUUUGGUUGUCUUGAUGCUUAUCAGAAGCUGGAGCAGCUUGGAGAGGGUUCAUAUGCAACCGUGUUCAAAGGAGUCUGCAGGUAAUGCUACUGCAUCAAGCAGUUGUCAAUACUCACCUCAAUUAGUACAUGAAAUUUUGGGGACAAUCUAAUUUUGCAGAUUUUGCACUUUUUUUUUUUAAAUGGUAAUAUUAAAAUGAUGCGAACAUAGCAUAAUGCGAAAAUUAAGUGAAACGAUGAGAGAAAGAGAGAAUUACAUUAGUGUUGUAACUGGGAGUAGAGUACUACUUCCUGUUGUUCCUUUUCAAGACAUAACAUAAAUAACUUGUGAGGCUUUUUUAUAGGAAAAUCUUGGACAGUACCGCCGGUGCAUCAUCUGUUAGCUUUGACAAUAAUGCCGAUGAAUUUGCUUUAUUUUAUUAAAUAAGAAGUUGAAUUAAAAGUGUCUUGCUAAAAAACACGAAAUGAAAGUGACUCUUAAUCCAAAGUUUUUGCAAAAUCACAAAAUUUAAGUGUUGCAAAAAUUAAUAUGCGAACCAUCAAAAUAUUGCUUAAUUACUGUGUCGUGAUUUCAUGUAAUAUUAAGCUAUUUCAAAGAAAUUCAGGAGGGGUCACUUUCAGAGGGGAAAGACUAGGCCCCAUUGAAGAGAGCUGGGCACUCAAAGGACUAUUUGGUAGUUGUGCCUUUGAACUUGUUGCUUGCACUUUAGUUUUCUCAUGUCUGAUUGGCUUUUCCUUGCAAAGCACUGAUAACAUUCCAGAAAUAUUUCUGUUACAAGUUCAUGGUCUUCUGAGUUUCGUGAUACUAUGGAAGACAAGAUUUACAAGAUAAUAUACUGUAUAUUUUUAUUUCACCUUAGUGCAAAUAAUAAGAUUGUGGCCUUAAAGGAGAUCAGGUUGCAAGAAGAAGAAGGAGCACCAUUUACCGCCAUCAGAGAAGGUAACAGUUAUGGAAGAUUUUUUUGCACUUAUUUGGCCAUGCACUUGUAAGCUUUAAGUUAUAGUUAUUGAAUUGUCAGUUUGGAUGUGGAUGAAAGCUGACAAGUUGGUUCCUUUUUGAGUCUGUGGGUGGAAUCCUAAAGUGUGUCCAUUCAAAUGAAAGCUACUCAACAUUACUUUCCUGUGGUACUGUUUACUAUGCAGUGAAAGUGGUGGUAACUUUUGAGUCUGUGGAUGAAAUCCUAUGAUGUGAGCAUUCGGAUGAAAGCUACAGAGCAGUGUUUUUCUGUGGUACUGUUUAUUAUGCUGUACAUUAAGGUAGUUGUAACUUUUGAUUCUGUGGAUGAAAUCCUAUGAUGUGAGCAUUCAGAUGAAAGCUACAGAGUACUCUGUAGCCUUAAUUAUUCAUGAAUUAGGGCUAGGAGACAAAGGAAAUUGAGAAUCAACUGGGUUAAAAGAUAUUAAACCUGGAUAUAAUUUUGACCUGUAACAUAGCCAAUCAUCUGUAUCCAGUUGCAUGAUUAUCACAUAUACUCUCAUUUUUUUUCCAGCCUCUUUGCUCAAACAGCUGAAGCAUGCCAAUAUUGUGACACUACAUGACAUCAUUCAUACCAAGGAUACACUCAUGUUUGUCUUUGAGUUUGUGGUGAGUAAAUAAUGUAAAAGAGUGUCCCAUCUCAGCGAGGGUUGACUGAGUUUACAGUGUCAAACCACUGCUUACUACACAAUAAUAUUGCAAAACUACUCUCAACUUAUGUCAAGAGUGUUAAGUGGACACGUUUCUAGGGGUCAAUACCUACUAAGAGGUUAGCCUGCGAGCAAGCUCUCCGGGGCACUCUGGUGGUGGGAAGGGAAAAGGAAGGAGAGCUUACAACUACGUCUCUGGAAUUUGAAUAUCUGCAUUGAAAAAGUUGAUGCAAAAUGCUGAUUGGUGGAGAUGACAUUAGAAAUGGUUGUAUUACCCUUGGCACAUGUUUUUCAAUGUUUGUUUACAUUCGCCCUCGUUUCCGCUUCACGCUGAUUAGCGGAAAUGUGACAGCUCAGUUGACGCAGCGGACAGGGGAAUUGGAGGUGGAAUUCAAAUUCCAGAGACGUAGUUGCAAGGUUUUAAGCUCUGCUUCCUUUUCCCGCCUCACCAUUAGAGCGCCCCAGAGAGCUUGCUCGCCGGCUACUAUGGGGUAGGAAACUAGUCAUCUGAAACAAAGCACUGAUCAGCAAGAUCAAUGUCCUUUGUAAAUUUAUAUUUGUAUUUCCUAAGCUCUCUCACAUAUUUCAUUGCAGGACACAGAUCUAAAUAUCUACCUUGAAAAGUUUCCGAGAGGUAUUCCGUCAUACAAUGUAAAGGUUUGUUCAGAGAUUUUUGCCUUAAAGAAGUUUGGCAGGGGCGGAUCCAGGAUUUUUCUUAGGAGGGGGUGCAGCACUAAGGGAUGGCGUAACUGAUCGAUGACGUAAACAAAUUUUAAAAGCGAAUAUGAAGAAGAAGGCUUUUGACUAGGCAAUAACAUAAUGUGAGCUGCUGAGAAUACAUAUCAAACGAUACAGCAAAUUUUGUAUUAGCUGUGAAGCGACUGCACAGUGUUAAUUAGAAAGCUGCAAGCCAUCUCAGGGGGGGUGCGCACCCCCUGCACCCUCCCCCUAGAUCCGCCCCUGUUUGGUUGCUAAUGGUGUAAUCUGCCAUUUGCCAUUUUGCACAUAGUCCAAGGUAUAUUUGAAAAUACAUGUCUGGUUGAUGUAUAUUUUCUGUAAUAAUUAAUUAGCCUUGUUUAGCCAGGGCUGUUACUAUUAAGAUACUGUUUGUAACUUAAUAAUCUAAGGACAAAUUAAAAUAAUUGCCUUGGAAAACAGUGAUUUUUUUGGGGUACAUUAAUAUGCGUCAUAAUUGUUUUUGUUAAUAUUGAAAGUACCUUUGGCCCACAGCAAGAAAAAUCUACCGUGUCAGUCGUUCAUGACAGCUCUUUCAUAAAUAGAGCAAAUGAAAAUAAAAUGGCUUAAAUACUCAAUGCAAGCCAAAGAAUUUGCGUGGUUAUUCUUUAUUUGUAUUUCUAGCUGUUUUUGUUCCAACUUUUAAGAGGACUGGACUACAUUCAUGAACGGAAAAUUCUUCAUAGGUAAGUACUGGUGAUAAAAGACUGUUCUAGAAUAUAUGGUUCAAAAUCUAUCAGAACUAAGGUAACUAUAUUAAAACCAGUAUAAAGCUAGACAGAGUUAAUAUACAUACAGUCUAUAUUAACUAAACAUGACAGUAUUUGAUACACAUGCAAUUUUUGUAUUUAAGACGUCAUUAUGUGCUUCUGUGUUUAUAGGGACUUAAAGCCUCAGAACUUGUUAAUAAAUGAAGUGGGAGAAUUAAAACUGGCUGAUUUUGGUUAGUGACAUCAUUAUUUCACUUUGCCCCCAUGACCCUUUGCACCCUUCCCUCCCUUGCAAUGAUUUCCCCCACCCCACCCCAUCAUUAUGAUCACUUUGCAUUUCUCUUGUUUUCUAGAGAUAUUAGGGAGUUUAAGAUACUGUGCCACGACGGCGACAGCGGCAAAAACAUCGCUUAAAAAGUGACUCCUCCAUCUAUGAAACUUUAGCGCGAUUAUCCCAACUCGGUCACUAUGCUUUAUGUAAGCGAACUCUCCCACAGUUGAAUUCUUAAGAAAAAUAUCCGGGUAUACAAAGAGUAAGAGAGAUUCGUCGUCGUAUGGUCACGUGCACGUGGUCGAUAAAACGUGAAAUUAGGCAAUUCACGUCGUGUUUUGCUAAUCUUAACCAAUUGCUUUUUCAUGUUCUCGUUGCCGUCGCCGUAGGGGCAUCUUAAACUCGCUAUUUGUUUGUCUAUGUCUAACCGAGGUUGAUUGUUUCUAGGUUUAGCCCGUGCUAAAUCCGUUCCUAGCCAUACGUACUCUCAUGAAGUCGUUACACUUUGGUAAGUAAAAAAAUGUUUUCAGCUUGAAAAGCUUCUGUAAUUUUGAACAAUUUUAUUUUUUGCGGUGUUAAAAUUAUUGUUUAAUAAAAUUAAUUCUUCAUAUUUUAUUCGCUGGGAACCUUGACAGGUAUCGACCUCCAGAUGUUCUUCUAGGAUCAAAAGAUUACACGACAUCAUUAGAUAUUUGGUAAGAUAUGAAUGCACUUAACCUUGGACCGACUUAGUUAACCAUUUCCUUUUCUAAAGGGAUCCAAGUCACAAGGCAACAAAAUUAUCAAAUUUAGUCCAUAGUCUCUGUGAAAACGAUACGAAUUUUGAAUUGCUCACAGACAAGGGGUGUUUACUUUUUCACAAACCAUCCGAGUGGAAAUCUUGUGCAUUAACAAAAAAACGCGUAAAAUUUAACGUAAUGGGAGAAUAACCCGCUACAACGGGCUACAAAGUAUGUCCAAAUCAGUUGAACAGACUAAAAAGAACGGAAAAAUUGCAUCGCCUUAAAUCACAGCCCAUAUUUUCCGAAGCUUUCCAAACGCAGCCUGUACAUAGACGUUGUUUUAUUUUUCUUUUCGUUCCUUUCGGUAAUAUCGGCGCGCGCGCGAGAAAGAAAAAAGUUUCAGUUGAUUCCGUCUAUUUUCUUCUUCCCCCACCUCUACCCUCUGCGCUGGCGGUCAACAAAUCCUCCACGGUUUUUAUUUUUAUCACGCCCGCUCGACGGACUUUGAAGAGAAAUUAGAGGGUCUCUGAACAGGCCAUUCCAAAGGGAAUGACGUGAACACUUGAUUUUCUUACCAGAAUUUCCAGUUUAACCAUGUCAAUGGUUAGUACCCAGGUUCUCUCGUUUUCACCACUAAAUCACUCUAUUUUCAUUGUUCAGGGGUGCCGGUUGUAUUUUUGUGGAAAUGGUAACAGGAAUUGCUCUGUUUCCUGGAAUGAGAGAUUCCGUUGAUCAACUCAACAAGAUAUGGCAGGUAGGAGUUACUUCAGUUACCAUGGUUACACUCGACACGGAGGGUUAUGUCGUAUGUCACCUUGUAAGUUAGUUAUGAGGUCUAAAUUCAUUAUCACCUAACCUGUCAAUCACCUAGCAGUCGUUUCCCUUAACCCUUUAAACACUAAGAUCAAAAUUCGAGUUCUCAUUUGCUGCACCUAUUCAUUUCCUACAGAAGUAGAGGGGAGAAGUUGAUAAAAUAUCAAGCCAAUUCAUCUUGUGUGAUCAUGUCUGUAAUUCUCAUGACCACUCUGUUUUACAAAGCAUUGAUAUUACAAAGAGAAAUUUGAUGUUGAUCACUCUUAGGGCUUAAAGGGUUAAGCCAAGCGGGGAAAGCACGAAAUAGGCGCAAGGGCAAUGGACAACAAGGAGCAAACUUGCGGGGAAGAGGGGGGGGGGGGGAGAAGGGUGGGUAAGGAAACAUCUGCUUCGCAGGCUAAUUAACAUCACACUUUGCAGUAGGCAAAGUGUCCGUUUUUGAGAGAUGUCCGUCUUGUAGAGGGUCAAAUUAAGGUGUAAAGAAAGGCAAGGACCAAUUCUGGGUGUCCGUUUUACAGAGGUGUUCCUGAAGAGAGAGUCGACUGUAAUGAACUGAAGUCUACCUGAAAAAACUAAUUAUCUUGUCAAUUUUAGAUUUUAGGAACAGCAACAGAAGAGACAUGGCCUGGUGUUUCCAGAUUACCUGAGUAUAACGCAGGUAUGCAUUAUAGGCAAGGCCUUUUGUCACUGAUAUACGUUUACAAAGCACACUAAACAGUCAUCCUCUUAACCGCUUAGUGUAUAUCUACGUUGUUACGAUCUCUUAGUUCCCCCAUUUUUACUCCACAGAUGUUUUUGUUGACUUUCCACCCCAGAGACUUGGAAUUGUUGCUCCGAAGUAAGUGAUUUUCACCUAAUUGUCACGAUACGAUUACUGGUAUAGAUGGCGUGAGUGUAAUGCAUUUAACAGUCAAACUGUUCGGUAGCGGACACCUAUAUAGGACCAGACAAAGUAUCCAAGGGUGUUCUCCUAAUCGCAUCCGUCGAAAAAAAUUGAUGUUUUGUCUCAGCGAAUGAAAUUGCCUCGAGUGAUAUCCCCCACUUAUGAUUAUCCAGUGAUUUUGUUCCCUGACGCAUAAAAAUCUCCAAAGACGCAAAAUAAUUCAUGGUAAAGAUCGGAUAGAUCUGAAGAUGUGUAUUUCUAGAAUAUUCUCACGCUGUUCGUGUUGUUAGCUUUUACCUUUGUUGUGCUUUAAAAUAGAAGGAAUAUAUUUUUACAGAGUUUUGUAGUCUGUCUUCAGUAACUUUCUGGUUACAUAAAGGCCCGAGCAUAUUCAAUUUAGGACUCAUUGGUUUUUUGAACAGGGACUCAGGGGCAGAUCAAGGGGGAGGGUGCAGGGGGGCCCCCCCGAGAUGACCUGUGGUUUUCUAAUACAACUGGUAUUCUGCCAAAAAAAAAAAAAAACUAUGUGGUUUAUUGGUGUUGAAGUAGAGCAAGAGACGAGUGCACCCCCUCCUAAAAAGAAUCCUGGAUCCGCCCUUGGGACUUGCAAUUGUUGUUUCUGCACUGGGACUCAAUAUUUUUCACAAGGUGAGUCCCAGGACUCACCAUAAUUAACAAUUAUUCUUUGAAAUCGAGGUGAAUAGUGGCAAAAUAUUUACCGAGACGCGAAAGCGGCGAGGUAAAUAUUCCCAAAGCCACUAUUCACCGAGAUUGAAAAGAAUAAUUGUUUUAGUAUAUACACAUGAAGUGAUCUCAACAAAAUCAGAGAGGAAACCAUUCAAAAGUACGAUUUGAUUGACAGAUCAAAUCACGCGUAAGUUUAAAAAUAGAUCUUUGCAGAAAUUUCAAACAUGGCAAUUCACAAGUUUAUCAUUUCGCAAACAAAAGCGUAAUGGCUUAAAUGGAACCGCUAAAAGUUUGAACUGUUUUCUUACCUGAGAAGAAAAGUAGAGCUGUGUUGUUUUCUGUUGACUCGCCACGUUUAUAGCCAAAAGGGUUUGUUGUGUCGUUCUUCGCAUGAAGUGCUGACAAAAAUGGCGGCUCAUUUGCUCGAGGUAAGACGUCGUCUUUCUGUAUCAUUCUUUUUCCUGUUUACUUGAAACGUAGAAUUUCUGCAAACAUUUCCUUUUAAAUUUGUUUGUCAUAAAUAAACUUCGAUUUUUGAGCCAAAAUUGUCUUCUUAGAAAACGGAAACGGCUUCUUCUACGCGAAUACACGGGAGGUUUAAACAAUCCAUCGAGCACAAAACUCCUGCUACUACUGAGUGCUACAGUAAAUUGAAAAACGCCGUAUUGAAUCCUUCCAAGUCUUUUCUUGCCUUAAAAAAAGUCAGCCCUAGGAUUCUGUCGACUUUUAAAAGAUCGUUCUCUAAAAAAUGGGAAAAACACUGAGCUCACACAUUAUCCACUCGCUAGGAGGUGAAUAUUGUUGAAUAGUCCGAGAUAGCGAACCAAUCAGAUUGCUUAAAUCACCAAGAUCACUGAGUGUGUAUAUACUAACUAUUCUUGUAACAAAAUCACUGUUAUGAUAUGUCUUCAGGUUGUUGCUUAUUACUGGAGCUGAAUCUCUGGCCACAGAAAUGGUGCAGGUAUGAUCUACCGUAUCGAAAUAUAGAGAAUCAUGUCAGUACAGCAUUAACUGAGCACCUUUUGAAGAACUGUAAGUUUCCCAAAUUGUGCAUUGGUAGAUUGUGUUCUGUGAAACAAAAUGUUGGCUUUUGAUUGGUAUUUGAGCCGCUGACGUGCGGGUAGAUCAUAACUUUUUGGGGUUGUUCAUUUGGAGUUAAGUGGGGUGGAGUUGAAAAUUCUUUGAUUCUUGUUUAUUGAACGCGUCACAAGACUCUCCAAUUUGUUGUCGUUUUUCAGUGUGUUCCAAAGAACAGAAUAUCCGCCUCAGAUGCUAUGAGUCAUGUAUACUUCAGCGACUUACCAAGGGAAUUAUUCACUUUACCAAAUGGUAGGUAAUACGUCUUUACUAGUUUUCUCUCGUUUUUCUUUUUCAUAUCAGAAAUAUUGUGAUAAGUUUGACUUAAAGAAUUAUUUCAUUCGCGUACACAUUUUGCUAAUCACAGUCCCUUUUAUUGGGUCAAUUAAUAGUCGUGGGAUAAAGGACUACCAGUAAGUCAUACAGUCACGAGUUCUUUGUGAUUUGGGUCCUUAUUGGCCAGUAAAUAACUUGAAACCCGCAAACAUGAAUCCAUAACAGUGACAGGACACCCAAGGAACCACAGGAGACUCAAAGAUAAGUGGCUCGCAGCAAUAAUAUGAAAUGCUCACUAACGCUACUUUCUUGUUUUUAGUGGUGUCAAUAUUUUCAGUCGCUGGUAUUCAGCUAAGCAAGGACGAGCAAUGAGGAAAAGGGGGCUUGGUUUUGCAGUCUAAUCGCCUACACUGCUUUGCUGUUAAUAGCGCAAGCUGGACUCUCCUCUCCAACAAACUCUCUCAGAUUUGCAUAUAAGAUGAUUUCCCAAGGAGUAUCUUACAAGAGGAACUAUAGUUUAUCUUUUUUAUUCAGUUAAUUAUUAAUUGUCGCCCUUUUGUGACUGAAUUCCAAAUAUAUUUUAAAACAUUGACUUCAGGAGCUCAUAACGUGAAGCGAGCCUCUCCCAUACUAGGCUUGUUUCACUGUGUUUUCAUCGACCGGUUUGUUUUAAGAUGCAUAUUAGGGCACCUCCAUUCAGUCUAUGAGCUGAGUGUAUUCGAAGUAUAAGAAGAUAUGAAACUUCUUUAAAAUUUCCAAAAUACUAGCCAUUUUCAGGCCUGUAUGUUUUGCCGAAUAGUAAUAGGGGAAUUUAAUGAUUUGCGCCAAAACCGUGCUAAAAAUAAACUGGUCAGUGAAAUGUUAGCGCCCUGACACGAGUGUAUGGAAGUUGCUCACUCCAGCUUAUUGGCUCCUGUUAAUGCCGAAUAUUACCCAGAAUAAACUGAACUGAAGGAAACUCUUGAUGUUCUUAUUGCAAUGCGGGUUCAAUUGAAUGUCGCUAAGUUAUUUACUUAGUUACUUGAUAUUAAGUUAUUAACCAAUCAGAACUCCGAACAUCACGCGUAGACAAUCAACUGAACCAAUCAGAGCUCGAACAAAAGCUUAAACGUUUGCCAAGAGCGGGAAAACGCAUGUGAGCAAGUCAAGAUUCGUUUACUUCUGAUUGGUGGAUAAAACUCCGCGAGAUUUCAGUCCAGCAAAUCAAAGGCGUGGCAAUUCAAAGUUGACUCAAUCACGUGAUUACUUUGAACAACUCGCGACAUUCAUUUGAAAAUACUCGCUAAUCACUGAAAAAUGUUACAGUUACAGGUUGCAUCUUCAAAAGGUUCAUCCCAGGGAUUAAACGAUGUAUAUAGUUUUUACAGUGCGGUAAAUGCAAUUUUUUAAAUUCCCCUUGUAAAUUAUGGCUUCCAAUUUAUUUAUAUUAAUAUAUUUGAAAGUAAAUUAUGCGUUUUCUAUCUUAAAAAUGGCAAAUUUUGGGGAUAUAAAUGGUCUUUGGUAAAUAUUGAUAUCAGCUUUCUUAAAGCCUGAGAUAUUUAGCUACUUAAUGUGAAUUUCUUUUAAUUCUUAUUUUAUACUUAUGCUGAUUAAGUUUGUAAUAUUGUCAGUGACAAUGUGCUGUAGUUUGCUUACUGUUAUUACUAUUAUCAAUUUUGCAUUUCUCUUUUUUCCGUUUUUGCUUAAUGUGCUUGGUUCUAGUAGUCUAGUUAGCCGGGUGAAUCAAAACCCUUUUUCUUUUAAUAACAACAACAACAACAACACUUUAUUCCGUUUUUAAAAGAACAAUAUUACAAGCAUUGACAAACCCAUUUAGCAUAGCUAAUCGAGAGUGUAUUAACGACUGAGUCAGAGUGGACGUCAGUUCGUUCUGUGAUUAUGGAAGCGAUCAAACAACAUGGUUCUCAGUUUGUUGUAUACUUGUAGAUGGAACUGGACGACAGGAAAUUCUGUUUUUUCACUUGACAGAACAGUCUUAGUUUUAGUCUUUAUCAAAAAAGGAUAAAUCUCUCCUGUUCUCAUGGUAUUAUCGAUGAAUUUUAGACGAUCAAAGCCUUCCUAACGGAUUGCUUACCGCCGGAAAUACUUCGUUUCGUGCUACUGGUUGAGUCAUCUGCUUCCCCUGCUAAGGAGGAUACUGGUUGUAGAGGGAGAUGGAUCUUUUUUGGGUUUUGAUUGUUCCUGGUCAAUAUGUUUGCCUCCAAAUCAUCAGGUCACUAGAAUAUUUUACUGAUAUCUGCUCCGUGUGUUCUUGUUCAACUCAGUUAUUUACUGGGCGCCAGUUGAAUGAGAGACUAGCCCUUACAUAAUUCUGUAUAUUUAAUAGGAUGUGUAAUUGUAUUUUUCGAGUAAAAAAUGCGUGGAAGAUAUUUAUUUGAAACAUGGAAAAAAUUAAAUGUCCAAGACACUG